AUGCCUGAGAUGCCUGAAGACGGACCGCCACGGAAGCGGACAGAUACUCGAGUCGCCGAGCUAGAAAGGGAGGUUCAAGCGAUGCGCGCGCUUUUCGACAGGAAGAGCCCCUUACUUCCAGAGAAAACUGGACCCGUGGACGUGAACGAGCUGAGCAGUCUAGGCGUCUCAAUCUCGAUGAACCGCGGUAGCCCAAGCUCGGCGACAACGGUUGGCAGCUUAAAAGUCCCAGGCCUGACCUGUUCUGCGAGAUUGUUACCAGUAGUAACUUCUGAAAUAAACGACUCGCCAGAUCAGAAUGUGCCGAGCCCGUCCGUCUUUUCUCCAGAUGCGGAUGUUAUAGAUAAGGGUAUUGUUUCGAUGAAAGUGGCGGACAAACUGUUUCGCACCUAUACCGAUGAUCUCUUUCAAAACUACCCUGCGGUUGCAUUUCCUCCAGGGACUUUGGCAGAGAAUAUGCGACGAACAAAGCCUACUCUUUUCCUGGCUGUGAUUGCGGCCGCGGCGGCCAAAACCGAUCCGCAUUUGUAUAGGAUACUUCAUAGCGAGGUGCUCGCAGCUUAUGCGUAUAGAACAGUUAUCAACAGUGAAAAAUCGCUUGAGUUGGUCCAAGCAUUAAUUGUAACCGCAGUUUGGUACUACCCACCUGGCAGACUUUCCCAGCUUAAGUUUUACGAAUAUAUCCAUAUGGCAGUAACAAUGGCCAUAGAUAUUGGCCUCGGGACAAAUCCAAAAGCGUCCAGGAGAAGACAAGCAGACUCUGAUAAAUCGUCCCCAGAAGUUGCUCAGAAUAUGACCAAGGACGAAGGGGAGAUAGAACGAAGGAGAACAUUCUUGGCUUGCUACUUGAUUAGUGCCGGAGUAGCUAUGAAUAUGCGCCGUCCAAACUUUCUACGAUAUAGUAGCUGGAUGAAUGAUUGCAUUGCAUAUUUGAGCCUACAUGGCAGUUCGGCGACUUUGGAUAAUACUCUUGUCGCAUGGGCAAUACUCCUACAAAUCACCGAGGAGAUUGGGUCAUCCUUCUCUUUUGAUGAUGCAAGUAAUAUUGCCAAUUUAGCAGAACCCCAAGUCAAGUUGAUGCUCAAUGGCUUUGAGCAAAAGCUACAGGCUUGGAGAGAAAGGUUUGAUUCAAAUGGCAUUAACGGUACCCGACCCCAUCCUCUAGCCCAUUGCAUGCUGACAAUAAAAGUUGCAUUAUUACUGGCGUACCACCACACUCAAAUUUAUCUUCAUGAGGUCGCGAUACACGAUGAUCACCCUAUCGAAGAUCUUACGCCCCCCUACAAGCUCGACAGGGUCCUCUCUAUUGAGCCAAACAUACAUGCCUCAUCAUCAUACAUCAAACCAGUCUCUAUAAUAAUCUCGUCGGUGCAUUGUUUACUCGAUAUGAUGCUAAACAUGGACGUGGAGACGAUGCGAGCGAUUCCCAUUUUCAACUACGUUCGCAUGACAUACGCAAUACUUGUUUUGACGAAACUUUAUAUAUCUUCCAAAACUUUGGAAAGUCAGAUAGGAUCGGUCCUUGAGCCAGGAAUCCUCAAAUUAGGACCAUGUUUAGAAUCCCUCAUAGAGAAAUUAAGUCUGGCCGUUGGCCCGAUGGAAUGCAGAGCUCCUUUCACCUUCCUAGGUAUUCUCCUUAGGCUUCGAACUUGGUAUACGAGUCAAGAAAAAGAAGAGAAUUUUAAACCACCCGUCGGACUCCAGGGUGAUUUAGACCACUGUUGGCUGCCAUCACCGCCAGAUAUCAGCAAGAAGCAGGCCCCUGUGGAGGCCACUGUACUAGUUGCUUCUCCUCCAUUGGCACAGCUGCAGGGCAUCACUCCAAACCAGGCGGAAAACUUGCGAUCAAUGGGACUUAUGGAAUUGGCUACGAUGCAGCCAUUGCCGUCGUUCGACUUGGAUUGGGGAAAUCCGGAUAUCAAUCAAUUCUCGGACUUCGGGGGUAUCGAUGCCCACCCGGAAUAUAACGACUGGAUGCCAGAUGUUGAACUCCAUAAACCUCUGGAUGAUCCUGCAGAUCCAGUGACACUUGGCUGGGAAAUAUCCAACACUAACAACUCGUUUCUGUAA